AUGAAAGCGGUAGAGGUUUCUAGGGUGAUUGGGAACAAAUGGGAUACGUAUCUUGAUCUUCUUCAAGCCGAUUAUACUGAAGGUCCUAAUAGUCAUAUGAAAUUGGAUGCCGAUAAUCAAUUGGAACUCAUAGAUGACAUGUUUAAUCUUGGCUCUUUGUGCAGAGAUGGUCUUGAUGCGUUGGGGUUGCUCUGGAGAAAAGCGAGGGCAGUUGAGAAGCUCAGGGCAUGGCAAGGGGACCUGAAGCUGGUUUUCGUGACUCGUGAGGGAACCUGGUCACUGUUUGAGACCAAUGUUUUGAGAAACUGCUCAAUCAAUUCACAUGCCUGGGGUGCAACGCUGUUGGCAAUCUUCUUUGAGAAUGUGAUGCUCUAUAUAAGGAUCAAUAGAGUCUGGCUGCAAUCUAGUCCAUGCCCACUUGGUACUGAUAGAGGUAUUGAGUAG